CGAGACGAGAUUAUUGCUCUCUCUGAUAUCUCUCUUUUUUGAGUGUGGAGUGAGGAGUGGAGAAAACUGAAAUAAUAAUAAAUUUUUACAAAAAUUUUAAUUAACAGUUCUUUUUGUACAUUAAUUUAAGAAACGUGUCGUCAAUUUGAGCAAGAGAAAAGAACUUGAAACUCUGCUGCUGCUGCUGCCUGUGUGACAGAGCUGACCUUUCCUGAAGAAAAAAGAAAUGAGCGACGGACCUAGCCUUUCGACAACGGCAUUUGCAGAUGCCCUAGCAAGAGCCAGACAGCUCGCAGCAAAAUUGGGAUCGGCUGGACCUCCUCCGUCCCCACCUCAAGGAAAUUUUGGACUCAAACGUCCUGCAAGCUCGAUCGGAUCAAACGAUUCUGAGCCCGACAAUAAGAGGAUGGCAUCGCUGAACGAUCCAUUCGGCGCCCAGCUCGCAGCUAUGAAGGGUGGAAUAGGUGGGAUGGGAAUGGGUUUGGGCGGCGGUGGGGGUGGCGGAGCAGUUGGCAACUUUACGUUCCCUGUAGGAAAUGGAAUAACGGGAAGUGGCAAGUCUUGCAUGGAGGAGGUUCGGAUUCCAGAUGGACUUGUUGGCUUGAUAAUUGGACGAGGCGGAGAACAAGUUUCUCGAAUUCAGAGUGAAACAGGUUGCAAAGUCCAGGUUGCUCCUGAUAGUGCUGGAGCGAAAGAUCGUCCGUGUUAUUUGCAAGGGACCAAGGAAUCUAUAGAGAAAGCGAAAGACUUGAUCAUGGACAUCGUAAAUAGCAAAAGUCACGAAGUUGGACGUCCAGGUUUAGGAGCUACAAAGCCAAAUCUGGCAGGAAUGAGUGCAGGACCUGGGUCUACAUCUAUUGAGAUGACCAUUCCGGGCGCAAAAGUUGGCCUCGUCAUUGGGAAAGGAGGCGAAACCAUUAGAAAUUUACAAGAUAAAUCCGGAACCAAGAUGUUUAUUUUGCAAGAGAAUAUGUUUGAAGAAUGUGACAAGCCUCUUCGAAUUGUGGGCGAACCAGAUUUGGUGGAGCAUGCCAGACAGUUGGUUAUGGAUUUGAUUAACGACACUCCACCCAAAUCCGAAUUUUUCAAAAUGAAAAGCGAAUACGGAGAUCACGAUUCGAUGGGAGGAAUGGGCGGUGGUGGGAUGGGACGAGGUGGUGGAGGUGGCGGUGGAAGAUCUGGAUUAGGCUUUGGGUCAUUAGAAACAAUGAAAUUCCCAGUUCCCAAAAUUUCAGUGGGGUUAAUUAUUGGAAAGGGUGGAGAGAUGAUAAAAAAGAUUCAACAGGAAACUGGAGCCAAGGUCCAGUUUGACCCCGUGAAUCAAAACUUGGGCGAUAUGGACGAACAAUUGGCAAUUAUUACUGGGAAACCGGAUCAGUUGAGACUCGCGCAACUUAAAAUUGAAGAAUUAGUUGAAACAGCACUUCAUGGUCCGCCUGCUCGUGGUGGUGGAGGAGGAGGUGGACCAGGUGGACGAGAUGGUGGUUGGGGCGGUGGUGGCGGUCCCCCACGAGGAGGCCCUCGUGGUGAAGGUCAAGAUGAAGAGCGUCUCCAGGUUCCUGUUAAUCGUGUGGGAAUGGUAAUUGGGAAGGGUGGCGAAACCAUACGAUCAAUCAAUCAGCAGUCUGGGGCUCAUUGCGAGAUUGACCGUAACGGCCCUCAAGAUGGACCAGAGAGGAUUUUUAGCAUUCGUGGAAAUCGGUCCCAGAUAGAACAUGCAAAGUCCCUGAUAAUGGAAAAGGUUAAUACGCUUCCUCCAAAGGGAGGACAUGGAGGAAAUGAUUCAUAUGGAGGAGGCGGUGGUGGAGGUCACCAAUCCUGGGGUGGUGGAAAUCAAUAUGGAGGCCAGUCAAAUCAAUGGGGUGGUCAAAAUCAAGGCCAGCAAGCUCAGCAAGGAGGUGCAGGAGGAGGAGGAGAUGCGCAAGCACAAUGGGCGGCAUAUUACGCUCAAUACUACAACCAAGCACAAGCUGUCCCAUCAGCAGGAGGUGCAGCCGCUGGUGGUGGCCAAGCCGACUACACCCAACAAUGGAUUGAAUAUUUGCGGGCACAAGGACAACAUCAACAAGCGGAUAUGCUUGAAAAACAAAUGAAGCAGUCUCAGAAUGGUGGUGGAAGCAGUAGCAAUGGCGGAGGUCCUCCCGGUGUAACUCCUGCUGCGCCAGGCACCACGCCAGGCGCACCAGCAGGUGCUCAGAAUGGUGGAGACUACAGCCAAGCUUGGGCCGACCACUACAGAUCUAUUGGAAAAAUUGCAGAGGCGGAACAAAUUGAAAACUACAUCAAAUCUCAGAAGGCUGGAGGUGGAGCAAAUGGACAACCACCAGGCGCACCUGCUCAACCAACCGCUGGAGGUGAUCCAGCCGCCUAUCAACAAUAUUAUCAACAGUACUACCAACAGUACUAUGGAGCUGCCGGUGGUUAUCCUGGGGCUGCUGGUGGAUAUCCUGGAGCGGGGGCAACAAGUCCCCCAGGGGUCGGAGGUGGAGGCGGCCCUCCUGCAGCCCCACCCGGAACAGAAGGUGACAAAUGAACACCCCAUGAUGAUGAUAUGUCUUUUAAUCAAAGAGACUGACUCCUCUUCCUGUUUUGGGUAAGCUGAAUGUUUCUAAUCCGCUUUUAACUUUGUCAGGCAUCAUCUUCAACGAUAAUUACGAGUACAAUUACGAAUAUGAUCCUACUACUGCUACCGUUAGCUAUGAGCAUUUUUAUCCGUACAACUAUGAGCCGCAGAUGCUCAUACCAGUCGUACCUGUUGAUAACUACCAAUUUUGGGCAGAGGCAGAACAGUGACGAUACUCAUAUUCAUAUGCAGACUAAAUAUGUAGAAGAGUUUUUUAAUAAGCAAUCACUACUAUAUUAUCUUCUUGUACAAAUUGAGCACACGAUAUGACUUCUUGUAAAAUUAGGCUGUGAUACAAUGUGAUACAUGAUAAUGUUAAAUGUGACAUAUGAUAUAUUUUAUGGACUGAUUCACUAAAAUAAUACUUUCCUAUAUACAUAAUUGAACUAUUUUGGGAAUUAUUGGUUUGAAUAACUUAUUUGACAGUGCUUUAUGUAGUGCAAGUGCGUGCCUACGCACUCAGGAUGGAACCCCCAUCUUCAUCUCUCUCUCUCUUAUGCCAUUUUUAUUGAUCUCACAUAAUGAUAAUAGUAAUAAUUAAUACAUAACUUUAAUAAUAUCUCUUCUUUGGGUUGAUAAAUCAUCGCAAGUUUUUUUACAAUGAUGCAUUUUGUUUGAUAAUGAUGAUUAUUGAUGAUAUAAUAUAUUUUUCGAAAUCGGCAUUGGUUUUUUUGGUGGUUAUUAUGAUAAUAAUUAGUGUAGGAAUCGCAUUGGUGUGGAGCCAUUGAUUGCUGUUUCUCUCAGCGCCUCAGUCAGGUUAUUCUUUCAUACGUACGUGAUGAUUAAAAAAUGACGUGAUAAUAAUAUUCUGAUAUUUUGUAAUGCAAUGAGAAUAUGAUGAACAAUGCUUAUAAUUUGAUUUGAUUGACUUGAUAUUGGCAUUAUUAUGUUGAGGAUUAUAUAUUUGAAAAAUGUGUAUUAUAAUUGAUACAAUAUGGAUUGCAUAAUGGAUGUUGAUAUAUUAGGUGGGACAUAAUAUGUAAAAAUAUGUACCUAUGAAAUGUCUUUGUAUAGGACACGAGAGCGCCGCGCUUUUACUACAGGCUGUCGUGGGUGGGGUUGGAGGUGAAUUUAAAAAAUGUUGUCUUUUACUGAAUUUCAGGUGACACUUUGGCCCCGUUUUAAUGAUGAUGAACAAGAUGAUGUAGAGUUAUAAAUAUGAGCAACAUAAUGUGUGGCAUUAUUAUAUUCUCGUAAAAAUGUGAAUGAAUGUGUUAUAUAUUAAUUCCUCUCAUUAUACCCAGCCCCAUAUAAUAAUGUGCAAUAUUUCUGAAAUUAGAUAAUUAAGUUUCCAAUUAUUCGACAGUUUUUUUUAUAAGUGAAAUUGAUUGAUCUCUGAAUAAUUGUCGACUCUCAUUUAUGAAAUUUGAUAUACAUUUAAUACUUGUUGAAUGAAGAAAAAAAAUAUAAUAUAUAUUUUUAGGUGUUUAGUUAUACACAUCGCUUUUUAGAUUUUAGGCUUCUUCCUAUAAUUUUUGCACGUCUUGUCCUAUUCGCUGCUUAAAUAUUCUUCUGUCACUCAUCAUCUGGAAAAAGGUAAUGAGUGAAAUCUGUACAUAAUAAAUAUAAUUAUUCGCUAUGAUAAUAAUAUGAAUUAAUGAAUUGCAUGUAUAUUAAUAUUGUAAUAAUGUCUCUAAAAAAACACUACUUUCGUCUGCACGUCACUUUUUGUCGUCUUUUUGGCCAUGUUGUAUACAUUCUAAUAUUAGGCCGGUGUUGCGGUCGUCAUCUUUAUUGUGGCGUGCGUGGUGGCGUCCCUUCUUGUGCGUCGUAAACUCAGAACAACAUCACGUUGGAUUCGUCUUUGGUAAGCAUGCUUGAUAUCAUCAUCUCUAUAUUUUAUGAAGCGUUGGUGCAUUUUGCUUACGUAUUUUUUAGAGUUGGCUGAAUUAUUAUCUAUAAAUGAUUAUAGUAAAAAAAGUAAUAAUAAUUAAGUAUUUAAUAAUAUUUAUAUUUACAUGCGCACGAUUAAUUGAAAGCGUAGUGUAGUGUAUUCAAUUAAUCGUGGUACAUACAUAUUAUGAAAGGGGCGAUGAACUUUUUUUUCAUAAAAUUGGGAAAUUAUUAAUUUUAUGUUAACAAUCCAGAGCUCAAUAAUUUUCUAAUUUCGGUAUGAAUAUUAUGAUUAUUUAUUAUCUUGCUGUGUGUGUGACAUGAUGAGGUUAGGGUUUUUUCUGAAGACGUCAACGCCAAACAUCCCCACAAAAGGAAAACUGAAAAGGUAUGGAAUUUGUCAGUGUAAGAGAAGUAUAAUAAUUGAGAAGUGUUGGUUAAAGAUUAAUUAUUAUGUCAUAAAUAUUUGAAAUCAUUAUGUAUGUGCGCAUACUAAUUAUGCGUGUGAAAUAUGUUUUACCCCCCUUGUUUUAAGAUUAUCUACAAGUUAAAUGAUGACAAAUAAAUUUUAUCUGGUUGG